CUUUUUUGGGCUGAUCUUGUUUGCCACCCUCUGAACUCAAUACCCCACACUUUAUAACGUAACAGAACCAAUGUGCCAAGAUUCCAUUGACCAAUCGGCCUAUAGCGAUCUCUUGAUUGAAGAAAAGUUUGACGAUGACUUAUACAAAUAUCUCUGUGACAAUCACUGCCAUCCCCACGAUGACGUUGACAAGCUCGACGAGAUUGCAAAGUUACGGACGGGCCACUUGACGCUUAUGGGCGUGCGUGAACAGGAUUGGGAUACAGUCAAGAAAGUAGUUGAUCAGUCAUCCAUAGACGAUGAAGACGGCGUGGAAAGAUGUAUCCCGAGUUUUGGUGUGCACCCAUGGUAUGCGCACUUGGUGCGAGGGGCGGCAAGGAACCAAACAGAAGCAGCUGAACAACACUACAAUCGUGUACUGACAUCUAAGGACGACUCGGAAAAAGCAGAUUUGAUACAACAUCUACCCACACCUUCCAGCGAUUGGCUUCGAACCUUACGGGCCAACCUUGAAAAAUAUCCACAUGCACUUGUUGGGGAGGUUGGAUUCGAUCGAUCCGCCCGUUUGUUACCGGCUGGAGCAGAGCACUGGCAUGGGGUACGACCGACGGAAGUGAGAUGUACUCCAGAGCAUCAAUUGGAGGUUGUGUCCAGUCAGAUUGAAUUAGCCCGAGAUCUGAAUCGGUCCGUUAGCUUACAUUGUGUUCAAGCACAUGGGAUGGUGUUGGACCUGCUACUGCGAAAAGCAAAUGAAUGGAGAAAGAAGGAUAUGAAGACUCCGUUUCGCAUCUGUUUGCAUAGCUACGGUGGUAGCCCAGGCAUACUACCUAGCUUAUUUGACAUCAAACGUCCUGUCAAAGUCUACAUGAGCUUUUCUGUUGCUAUCAAUGGUCGAUUAGGGAACAAGCUGCUCCAGUUGAUCGAAAAAGUUCCAGACGACCGAGUUUUAAUCGAGUCAGAUUACAAUACACCAACUGGUAUCGACGAUGCUAUGGUUGAUAUCACCAAGGUUGUUGCUAAGGCUAAGAAGUGGUCUAUUCAGCAAGUUGUUGAAAUAACAAGAAGAAACUGGUUGGAAUUUAUCAAUAUCUCUGCUCCUAGCGGUGAACAUCGUGCUUAAAAUAGCGAUCUACAAGAGGAUAAAAACGUAGAAUGUUCUCUAAACGAUAUUGUAUUUUUGUUCUUCUAAAAAAACAUCAUAAUGGCAUGAUAUGUACAAUAAAAUCGAAUAUACACACAUCUUAU